AGUGUCCGGACGGGUUCUGCUCACGGUCCUCUUCCCUUCCUGUUUGUGUGUUCGGCUCCGGUCGUCAGGGGAGGAGGAGGAGGAGGAGCGACGCGCCUCCACUGAAACCCCAUCGCAUUCAUUCACGAGAAAAAGAGAAGUGAAAACAGAAAUGCUCUCUAGGCGGCAGUAAUGCGACGUGUUGCUGAACAAGCGGAUACCGUCUGUCACAAAAGUCCAACGAAGAAGAAGAAGGCGGAAGCAGCAGCAGCAGCAGCACAGGAAGUGGUAGAGAGAAACACAAGACGACGACGAAGUGUUUGUUGUGGCGGUGGUUUGGUGCCUGUGAGACACAUUUCUUCCUCCGGUAUCCUCUCUAACCACUUCUGGUAAUAACUCCGUUGUAGAGCUCUUCUUUAAAUGUCGUUUCCCCCCCUAAUGUUUACCGCUUCUAGAUUAAUUAUCUGACCGAGUCUGAAAAAGGAAAAGAAGGCACCAACAAACUGAACAAUGACUCGCCACGGAAAGAACUGCACGGCCGGAGCUGUCUACACGUACCACGAGAAGAAGAAAGAUACAGCGGCAUCUGGGUACGGAACACAGAGCAUUCGACUAGGCAAAGACGCAAUCAAAGACUUUGACUGCUGCUGCCUGUCCCUGCAGCCAUGCCAGGAUCCCGUGGUAACGCCAGAUGGAUACUUGUAUGAAAAACAGGCAAUUCUUGAAUACAUUCUGCACCAGAAGAUAGAAAUUGCCAAAAAAAUGAAGGCUUAUGAGAAGCAGAAGAAAGUGCAGAAGAGCAACAGCCAACUUGAGUCCAAGUCAGAGGAAAGGGAGAGGGUGGAGAGGUUUAAAACCAGGGAGAACAGCAUUGUGUCCAAGCCCAUCAACCCGUUCACAUCUGGGCAGACCAAAGGAAGUGAGAAGGGCGGCACAGACAGCUCAGGAGAAUCCUCCACCAGUGCAGCUGCCUCUUCCAGCCAGAGCCUGCCCAGUUUCUGGAUUCCUUCACUGACACCAGAGGCCAAGCCCACCCUCAUCAAAAAACCAAGUAAGGCUGUGUUAUGCCCCAUGUCAGGACGACCAAUCAAGAUGAAUGAGCUUAUCACAGUGCGCUUCACCCCACUGGACUCGAGCCUGGACCGCGUGGCCCUGCUCACCCGCCAGGACAGAUAUGUAUGUGCAGUAACCAGAGACGUCCUGGGCAACAGUGUUCCCUGUGCUGUUCUGCGAACCUCGGGUACUGUGGUAACUCAGGAGUGUGUGGAGAAGUUGAUCAAGAAGGACAUGACUGAUCCUGUGACUGGCGACAAACUGUCCGACAGAGACAUCAUACCCCUGCAGAGGGGUGGAACUGGCUUUGCUGCCUCCGGGGUUGACCUCCGUGCCAAAGAGGCUCGUCCAGUGAUGCAAGUGUGAGUCGAUGUAGGAUCUGAAGACUGUUGAACGUUAUCUCAAAGUUUAUGUACAUCCUAAGUGUAGUUCUGUGGAGUGCAAAGGGUGAAAUAUUUUUUUAACGCACUCCUCUAAAUGUGUCGAAAGCUUUUCACCGAUUUUGAGGAAUUUUGUUGUUUGCUUGCAUACUUUUCUUGUUCCCAUAUGAUAAUUGCUUUUCUCCAUCACAGUUGUUUUGUCUGUGAAAUAUCCAAUUCCCUCUGAGAUGUCCUUUGUCUCUUUAAUAGGCUGAUUGUGGCCUUCCUGACUGUCUGUAGAAGACAGAAUUAUUGUUAUUUUGUAUUAUUUCAAGGUCAGUUUUGUAACAACAAUAACUCAUGAUAGAGCUACUACCGAUGUGUUUGGGUGGGGGGGUCAGAUAAUAUUUCAGAAUAAAGAAAGAGACACAACUGUUGCAUUAA